AGCGCGCGCUCACACGCGUUCCCGGCAUCAUCACUCGGAGAGAUGAAGCGAGCGAGGCGGCCGCUCGGCAGGAUAGUGUGCGCACACGCAACAGCGGAAAAACACACGGGGACGCUCGGACUGACCGCCGGGGAGCGCGUGAACCCGAGGGGCUCGCGCCGCCGCGGGACGUCAUCACUUUAAUGGCACAUCACCAGCUUUGAAGAACUCAUCGUACCCCUGCUGCCUUUUCCAUCUGGUGUUUCUCUUUAUCCCUCCAGACAUCUUCUUUAACUCCAGCCGCCUCCGGAAGCCCUUGUGUCUUCCAGCUCCUCUCUGUUUUUAAUCAUGGACUGUUCCAGAGACACAAGCUCAGCCCGCGAUGGAUCGCCCCAUCUCGACCUCCAGAGCAGCCCCGGGCGCUCUGAUCUCAGUGGACUGUACCAUCUGGGUCGGACGUUGGGCAGAGGCCACUUUGCGGUGGUCAAGCUGGCUCGUAAUGUCAACACUGGACAACUAGUCGCUGUCAAGAUGAUUAACAAGACCAAACUUGAUGUUAUGGCCACAAGCCACCUCUUACAGGAAGUGAGGUGCAUGAGGCUGGUGCAGCAUCCUAAUGUGGUUCGCCUGUACGAGGUCAUCGACACGCCCACCACCCUCUACCUGAUCAUGGAGCUGGCUGAAGGUGGCGACCUCUAUGACUACAUCCUCCGCCAUGAAGGAGGCGUGGCUGAAGGGACAGCCAAGCGUCAUUUUGCACAAAUUGUUCGUGCAGUUGCCUACUGCCAUCAGCUCCACGUGGUGCACCGGGACCUGAAGCCGGAGAAUGUGGUGUUCUUUCCCCAGCAGGGGGCAGUCAAGCUAACAGACUUUGGGUUCAGCAACUUAUUUCAACCUGGAACCAUGUUGGCUACAAGUUGCGGGUCCCUGGCAUACUCUGCUCCGGAGAUUCUACUGGGAGAAGAGUAUGAUGCUCCAGCUGUGGAUAUCUGGUCUCUGGGGGUGAUCCUGUACAUGCUGGUGUGCGGAGUCCCUCCCUUCCAGGAAACAAACGACAGCGAGACUCUGGUCAUGAUUCUGGACUGCCGCUAUUCCAUCCCCAAGCACGUUUCAAAUGAGUGCAAAGAUCUCAUUUCUAGGAUGCUCCAGAAGGAGCCGUGUCGCCGCGCGUCGCUUCAGGAGAUUGAGGGUCAUCAUUGGCUGCAGGGGUUGGAUAACGUCCUGCUGACCCCUGAAGCCCCGCCCCCAUGGCUCUCAGGGGCCCUUUCUCCCGGCUCUCCACGCCUGGGGCUGCCCGAGUGUGGGGACCUGCUCGCCGCAAAGCCCCUCCCUCAGCAGGCUUUUCUUGGAGCUGUGCAGCACAGUCAGACCCUCUGCCUCCGCCCACCUCCUCCUGAGGAGGCACCUAUUGCCAAAACACUCCCUGCUCUGCAGCAGAUCUGUGAGGAGGAGGAGGAGGAGGAGGAGGAAGAGGAGGAGGAGAGCAGGUUUGAAAGAGACCCUGAAGGUUCGGCAUUGUGGCACGAGGAGCCACAGGAAGGAGCAAAGGAGACAGAGGAACACGAGGAGCUGGAGGAGAUGAGUGAGGAGAAAGAGGAGGUGGAGGAAGAAGGACAUCGAAACGUGAUUUCACAUCAACCCCUCAGUUCAGCGCCAUCAUCCGUGAGGGGUUUAGGGGUGCAGUGCUGUCAGGGACAGGAAGCCUCCCCGAGUCUGACAGGAAGUAAAACUAAGGAGACAGAACCCAACAACAACAACACCAACAAACUCCCAGAGUCCAACUCCCAACACUUCCCCGUGUCCUCCCUCCCCACUCCUUCUGCCAGAUUCAACCUGAACGGGAAGGAGGCAGAAAGAGAAGGAACUAAAGGAGCAAACGAGGAAAGAUCUGAAGAAGAGGAAAGACACAACCUCCUCAUGGAGAGAUCGCAACCCCUCAAUGCAUCGGGGACUCGAGAAUCCGGGCCAGAGGCCACUUCGAGAGCAGAGAUGGGAAAACGGCACAGCUUAAAGCUUCGGGAGCGACUGUUCCAGUUCCCGCUGUGUGAGAAAGCUCUGGCCUUCAACCUCCCGACCUACAAUAAGUCCAAGAUCCUGCCGCUGGCACAGUACAACUGCUGCCGCGUGCUGUAGGCUGACAACGAGA